AUGCCACCAUGCUCUGCUCUACUCCGUUUUAGUAAGUCCUUUUCUCUUAAAAAAUUUGCUUCUCUGUCAGAUACUUCUUAUCCUAAAACAGCCAGUUGGCGGGAGGAUAAGCACUGUUGUAGUUGGGAUGGGGUCGAGUGUGACAAAAACACAAGCCAUGUGGUUGGCCUGGACCUUAGUUCCAGCUGGCUUAUGGGCCACAUUCAUUCCAACAGUACCCUGUUUUUUCUUCCCAAUCUCAGGAGGUUGAACCUCGCUGACAAUUGGUUCAAUGACUCUCUAAUUCCUUCUGAGUUUGGUAACUUUAAGAGUUUGGCUCAUCUUAACCUCUCUGAUUCCAUAAUUUCUGGCCAAAUCCCGUUUGAAAUCUCUCAGUUGUCUUCACUGCUUUCACUUGAUCUUUCUAAGAAUUGGCUUUUGAUCAAAGCACCAGUCUGGAAAAGAGUCAUUGGUAACCUAACUCAGUUAAGGGAACUUAUUCUGGAUACCACAAAUAUGUCCUCAAUUAGACCUAAUUCUUUGAUGAAUCUAUCCUCCUCUUUGACAACUCUUAGUCUCCAAGACUGUGACUUGCGGGGAAAUCUCAAAAAUUACAUCCUCUGCCUUCCCAGUAUACAAACCCUUGAUCUUUCUUUGAAUGAGCUAUUAUUAAUCGAAGCUCCAGUAUGGAAAAGAGUCAUUGGUAACCUAACUCAGUUAAGGGAACUUAUUCUGGAUUACACAAAUCUGUCCUCAAUUAGACCUGAUUCUUUGAUGAAUCUAUCCUCCUCUUUGACAACUCUUAGUCUCCGUGCGUGUGACUUGCGGGGAAAACUCGAAAAUAACAUCCUCUGCCUUCCCAGUAUACAAACCCUUGAUCUAACGGGUAAUUGGAACCUUGAAGGUUCUCUUCUAAAGUCUAAUUGGAGCUCUACUUCCCUGAAUAUCUUAGGUCUCUCUGGGAGAAUGUUUUCAAGAGAAUUCCUUAAUUCUAUCGGCAACUUGAAGUCCUUGAAGCAUUUGGCUCUCUAUGAUUGCAAUUUUACGGGGUCAAUUCCAGCAUGGCUUGGGAACCUUACAAAACUUACAUAUUUGGAUCUGUCAUCUAAUAGUUUUAGCGGUCUGUUGCCGUCAUCACUAUUCAACUUGCCGAAUCUCUCAACUUUAAGCCUUGGGAACAAUCAAUUUGUUGGUCCCCUUCCUAGUCACGUAAGUGGUUUGAAUUUAGUUGAUCUCUAUUUAAGUUCAAAUUUCCUAAAUGGAACACUGCCAUCUUGGUUGUUCAGUAUGCCAUCUUUGGAGACUUUGUAUCUUUAUCGUAAUCAGUUUGUUGGUGAGAUUGGUGAAUUCAAGUACAAUUCAUUGAAGGAUCUUGAUUUGGGUUAUAAUAAGCUACAUGGCUCUAUACCUAGGUCCGUAUCUAGACUUGUGAACCUUACUAGCCUAUCUCUCUCAUCAAAUAACUUGAGUAUUAUGUUGGGGUCUGAAAUGUUUUCAAAGCUCAAAAAUCUUCAGAUUCUUGAUUUGUCAAAUAACUCAGUUAGCAUCAAUAAUAAUGCUGCCUAUGCCCUGCCCAAUCUUCAGGAAUUGAACUUAUCUUCCUCCAACAUUAGUGAAUUCCCAACUUUCUUAAGACUGACAACAAAUUUACAAUCCUUAGACCUUUCCAAUAACAAAAUUUAUGGUCGAGUUCCAAAAUGGUUGGGGGAUAUGGGGAUGAAUUCAUUAUAUUAUGUUAAUCUUCAUGACAACUUGCUUCAAGGACCAUUUCCCACUCUAAAUUUUUCAAGUCUGCACUUUAUGUUUUUCUCCAAUAACAAAUUCACUGGAGAAAUCCCUUCUUUUAUUUGCGAUGCAAUUUACCUUCAAGUUCUAGACUUGUCUCAUAACAACUUAAGCGGUAUGAUUCCGAGGUGUUUGGUAAACUCUACUUCCCUCUCGGUGUUGGAUUUGCGAAUGAAUAGCCUUCAUGGUUCCAUCCCUACAAUAUUUGCCAAAGGAAAUAAUUUUAGGAAUAUUAACCUUAAUGGCAAUCAAUUGGAAGGGUCACUGCCGCAAUCUUUGGUAAAUUGUAUAGACUUGGAAGUUCUAGAUCUUGGAAACAAUAAGAUAAAUGGAACCUUCCCUUAUUGGUUGGGAAGUCUUCAGAAAUUGCAAAUUCUUAUCAUAAGAUCAAACAGAUUUCAAGGCAUAUAGGCAAUCCUAAAACCAAAUUUUUUUUCCCAAAUUUGAGGAUCAUAGACAUCUCUAACAAUCAGUUUAAUGGUCCUUUGCCAAUAAAAUAUUUCGAAUAUUUUAAAGCCAUGAUGAAUGUGAAUGAAAGUGAGGUUGCAUUGAAAUAUAUGGGAGAAAAUUAUUAUCAAGAUUCAUUGAAUAUCAUGAUCAAAGGGCUAUAUAUUGAGAUGGAGAGAGUCCUAAAUAUCUUAACAAGCAUUGAUUUUUCAAACAAUAGUUUCAGAGGAGAGAUGCCAAAGAUAAUUGGAAGGCUUAAAUCACUCAAGGGGCUCAACUUUUCUCACAAUAACCUUAUAGGUCAUAUUCCACCAUCAUUUGGAAAUUUGACCAAUCUUGAAUGGUUAGACCUCUCUUUCAACAAGCUCGGUGGGGAGAUUCCUAGUCAAUUGGCAGAUCUAACGUGGCUUGAAGUCUUAAAGCUAUCACAUAACCAACUCAUAGGACACAUACCUUCAGGAACUCAAUUCAAUACAUUCAACAAUGAUUCAUAUAUUGAAAAUUUGGGAUUGUGUGGGUUUCCAUUGUCAAAAACAUGCGAUAACCACGAGGCAAAGCAACCCCCACCAUUGACCUUGCAACAAGAUGAAAAUUUAGAGCAUGAAAAUGGGUUUGGUUGGCAAGCUGUAUCCAUAGGUUACGCAUGUGGAACAAUAUUCGGAAUGUUAAUGGGAUAUCUUAUGUUUAAAAUUGAAAAACCAAAGUGCCUUGUGAGGAUGGUCAAAUUAGAGCAACAUAUCAUGCUCAGAAGAUUGAAGAAGAAGGCUCACAAACGUGAUGGAAGAAGAUAACUAUUUCUAUGGUAUGUGAUGUUCUUAUUUUUGAGACUUUAGAAUGAAUCUCUAUACCUGAAAACAUAAAAGUGUCUAUUAUUAUUAGCAAAUUUGAAUUUUUUUUUUUUU